AUGGACGCAUGGGUGGCAGGCGCGGCGCGCGCCGUGCGGAGCGGCGCGCCGAGGUGGUGCCAUCAGCUCAUCGAAGCGCAGGAGAAUGGGCGCUGCAUCUCUCCGUUCACAAACAUCCCUGCGUCGCUCCGAGUGCCGCUGCACCUGCACCGCGACGCGUACCUCGCCGAGGUGCAGCGGGCCAGUGCGCCGCAGACGAAUCUCACGUGGAUGUCGGGCCAGGGCCAGGAUUGGUGGGUCUGGUACAACCACGCGCGCUUCCUCAACCGCAACGCGACGUACGUCGACCUCGCCGCGAACGACGCGAUCUGGCGCUCGAACACGUACUUCUUCGAUGCGUGCCUUCACUGGCAGGGUCUCCUGAUCGAGCCCAACUCGGUGCACUACGCGCGUCUCCGCCGCGAGCGAAGCGGUACGCUUGUGCCGUCAUGCGUCUCCAACACGACGUCGAACGUGAGCUUCCACGAGGGGCUCGGCUGGCGCGGCGGGUCUUCCAAGAUUCUGCCGGGUGCAGCGCGGCCGGAGGGCCACGGCGUGCGGACGGUGCAAUGCCGCUCGCUGCAGUCCAUCAUUCUCGAGGGCGGCCAUCGCCACAUCGACUUCCUCUCGCUCGACGUCGAGGGCCACGAGGUGCAGGCGCUCUCGAGCAUCGACCUGAGCAAGGUGCGCAUCGACAUCAUCAUCAGCGAGAACCCGCGCGUCGCCGAGCUCCUCCUGCGCAACGGCUACCGCCUGCAGUCGAGCGCGCACGACACCAUCUGGCUGCGCAGCCAUUUCCAGCCCGCCAUCACGCGGCACGGAGGCAAGGUCACCGACCGCACGUCGAGCGGUUUUGAGAAGAGGAGGUGCCGUGAGACCGCUGGCCGUCCAAAGUACAAGCUGCGUGGGGCCAGAUCAGAGCAGCUAUCCAAGCGUACGGUGCUUGGAUAG